GCAGCACGCAGCCGCCAUAGUAUGACAACCGACAGACCGGUGGUGUGGUUCCGUGACUGGGAAAUGGACCCGGGCUACGGAGAAUUCAGCUUAGGAAACCACCAGCACAGGACCAUGCAAGCCCACGAGUUGUUCCGGUAUUUUCGGAUGCCGGAGCUGGCUGACUUUGGACAGUACGUGCGCACUCUUCCCACCAACACGCUCAUGGGCUUCGGAGCUUUCGCAGCCCUCACCACUUUCUGGUACGCCACGAGACCCAAAGCCUUGAAGCCGCCAUGUGACCUCUCCAUGCAGUCGGUGGAAGUGGCGGGUAGUGAUGGUGCUCGGAGAUCCACGCUACUUGAUAGUGACGAGCCCUUGGUCUAUUUCUACGAUGAUGUCACAACGUUAUACGAAGGUUUCCAGAGGGGUAUACAGGUGUCAAAUGAUGGCCCUUGUUUAGGCUCUCGGAAGCCAGACCAACCCUAUGAAUGGCUUUCAUACAAACAGGUUGCAGAAAUGUCGGAGUGUGUGGGCUCAGCGCUGAUCCAGAAGGGCUUCCAGGAUGCUGCAAAUAAGUUCGUUGGCAUCUUUGCCCAGAACAGACCUGAGUGGGUCAUCAUUGAACAGGGAUGCUUUGCGUAUUCAAUGGUGAUUGUCCCCCUCUAUGAUACCCUGGGAACCGAAGCAAUCACCUACAUAGUCAACAAAGCUGAUCUCUUGCUGGUUUUUGUUGACAAGCCAGAUAAGGCCAACCUCUUAUUAGAAGGCGUCGAAAAUAAGUUAACCCCAGGCCUUAAAAUCAUAGUUCUCAUGGACUCCUAUGGCAUUGAUCUGUUGGAACGAGGCAAGAAGUGUGGGGUGGAGAUCAUCAGCAUGAAGGCCAUGGAGGACUUGGGAAGAGCCAACAGACAGAAGCCCAAGCCUCCAGCCCCUGAAGAUCUUGCGGUAAUCUGUUUCACAAGUGGAACUACAGGCUACCCCAAAGGAGCAAUGAUCACUCAUCGAAAUGUAGUGAGCGACUGUUCAGGUUUUGUGAAAAUGACAGAGAAAGUGAUGACCUUGAAGGCCAGUGACACACACAUUUCGUUUUUACCGCUUGCACACAUGUAUGAGCAGCUCCUGCAGUGUGUAAUGCUGUGUCAUGGAGCUAAAAUAGGGUUUUUCCAAGGAGAUAUCAGGCUGCUUAUGGAUGACCUCAAGGCGCUUCAACCCACUAUCUUUCCUGUGGUUCCAAGACUGCUGAACCGGAUGUUUGACCGAAUCUUUGGGCAGGCAAACACCACACUGAAGCGGUGGCUAUUGGACUUUGCCUCCAAGAGGAAAGAAGCAGAGCUUCGCAGUUGCAUCAUUAGAAACAACAGCCUGUGGGAUAAACUCAUCUUCCACAAAAUACAGUCGAGCCUGGGAGGAAAAGUCAGGUUGAUGGUCACGGGAGCCGCGCCUGUGUCUGCCACCGUGCUGACGUUCCUGAGGGCAGCGCUCGGCUGUCAGUUUUACGAAGGCUAUGGACAGACCGAGUGCACAGCCGGGUGCUGUCUGACUGUGCCUGGAGACUGGACAGCAGGCCACGUUGGUGCCCCAAUGCCUUGCUGUAUUAUAAAACUUGUGGAUGUGGAAGAAAUGAAUUACCUGGCUGCCAAGGGCGAGGGUGAGAUAUGUGUGAAAGGGCCAACUGUGUUUCAAGGCUACUUGAAGGACCCAGCAAAAACAGCAGAAGUUCUGGAUAAAGAUGGCUGGUUACACACAGGGGACAUUGGAAAAUGGUUACCAAAUGGUACCUUGAAGGUUAUCGACAGGAAAAAGCACAUAUUUAAACUGGCCCAAGGAGAAUACAUAGCACCUGAAAAGAUUGAGAACAUCUACAUACGGAGUGAACCUGUCGCUCAGGUGUUUGUCCACGGCGAAAGCUUGCAGGCAUUUCUCAUAGCAAUUGUGGUGCCAGAUGCUGAGACACUAGGUGCAUGGGCCCAAAAAAAAGGAUUUGAAGGAUCCUUUGAAGAACUGUGCAGAAACAAGGAUAUCAAAAAAGCUAUCCUAGAAGACAUGGUGAAACUUGGGAGGGAUGCUGGCCUAAAACCAUUUGAACAGGUCAAAGGCAUUACUCUUCACCCUGAAUUAUUUUCUGUGGACAACGGCCUUCUGACCCCAACAAUGAAGGCUAAAAGGGUAGAGCUUCGGAAUUAUUUCAGGUCACAGAUAGAUGAACUUUAUUCCACCAUCAAAGUUUAGGAUGAGGAAGAAAGCUCAGAAGAAACCAAAACCACACCCCUUCCCACUCUUCUCCUGAUGGCCUUCACAUUGGUAAUCUUGAAGACGGCAAGCCUAGGGAAGGGAAUGUCCGUAUUUGACUUAUGCAUUGGGGGUUCACGUCACAGGAAUCUUAGAGGAAAUGGAACACUGCCUUACAGCCACCUCGUGUUGCACACCAUGUUUAUGGUGAUACACAAUUUCCAAAACGAGCCUUAAAAAUUGUAAAGAGGAAACUAUAAAUGUGCUAAGUUAUUCUCGACUUGCUCAGUUAAAAAGGGGGGUGUGAAAACUUCUGUCUCCCUGUUUUUCUAGCCAAGGGAUUAGGACUUUGCUAUUUCUGACAUGUCUGCUGCUUGCUGAAAAUUCUGCAGUUGUCUGCUGCUCUGAAGAGUACAGUGCACUGGAGGGACACUGUCCCUUAAAAAGAAUUGUCCCAGCUGGAGAACGUCACAAGUGGACCAGAGAUUUGUUUUCAAUCCCUGCCACCUUGCCUUCCCCAUCCCAUAUGCACUCUCACAACCCUUCUGAUUAAGGGUUAUGAAACCCAUGACCUUCUCCACAGUCCUCUAUUGUUCCUUUGGCGCAGAAGGUUCCCAGUGAAGC